AUGCUGCCGGCCGCACGGUGGAUUCGAGCGGCAACACUGCUCUCGGCGCUGACAUGCGCGCUGCUCCCUUCGCCAGGCUUCUUCUCGGCUCCGGGACAGGUUCCGCGGCUGUCGACCAAGGCAGGCUUCCAACUGUCCAGGCUCGGAGUGGGUACCUGGCAGUGGGGAAACAAGCUGCUCUGGGGCUACGACGAGAAGGACGACUCCGACCUGCGCGAGGUGUUUCGGACCUUCACGGCCGGAGGGUCCAACUGGUUCGACACAGGCGAUAGCUACGGCACCGGCGAGCUGGAGGGUCGGGCAGAGAUCCUGCUCGGACGCUUCAGCCGUGAAGCUUCCGAUUCAGGUGCUUCGGUAAAGCUGGCGACGAAGCUGGCAGCUUACCCAUGGAGGCUGACGCCAGAUUCGAUGGUCGAAGCAGUGAAGGCGAGCAAUGCCCGCUUGGGCAGAGCAGUUGACAUUGCUCAGAUGCACUGGAGUCCGCGCAGCUAUGGCUUCGGAUUUCAGGAGGACGCACUGCUGGAAGGCCUUUGCCGCUGCUAUGAAGCCGGGCUUUGCAGCGCUGUUGGGCUGUCGAACUUUGGGCCCAAAGGCCUCCGUCGUGCGGCCGCCAUCUUUGACACGCGGGGCGUGCCAUUGGUCCUCAAUCAAGUGCAGUAUUCGCUCCUGUCAGCAGAGCGCGAGUCUGGAGUCGCCGAAGUUUGCAAGGAGCUGGGCAUCCGAUUGGUGGCAUACAGCCCGCUCUGCCUGGGAGUGCUCGCUGGAAAGUAUAAGACCGGUCCGAAUGCCCAGCUGCCAGAUAAUUUUCUCCGCUCAUUACUUUUCUCUUCACUCCUUGGAGAUGCAGGCACAACAAAGCUCUUGGGCCUGUUGGGAGAAAUCGCGGACACCCGGGGCAAGAGUAUGGCUCAGGUGGCUUUAAACUUUGCCAUGACAGAAGGAGGUGGCUGUGCAAUCGUCGGUGCCCGGAACCGCCAGCAAGCGCUAGAGAACCUGGGAGCCUGUGGUUGGGAGACCUGGCAGCCCCCCCUGCGAUUGUUGAUUCAUCCUGCUGUCGCAAGCUGCCCGGAAAGCCAGGAAGAGGUCGCGACUUGGUCCGGGCGCGCUGCCCUGCGUGCAGCCACCUGGGCCGGAGCAGCGGAUGAAGAGCUGCUCUCGGACUUGUCUUCCAAGGCUGCUGGCCAGGCGGCCGCCAACUUCAUUGUGGACGAGGGGAGGACGCCCGGAGUGGCGCCAAGCGCAGCUGGCCAAGCAGCCUGCAAGGCUUGCGAAGCAUCAGGACUCUGGAAAGCGAGCCUCAAAGUGCAGCUCUCCGGGCGUGCUGCAGGGGCCGCCGCACAGCAAAUUGGCUUACCGCCGGAGAAGGUGGCCGUGGAAGCUGGGCGAGCAGCUGCCAUCGUUGCAACCGAGUGCCGCGUGAGAGCCGAGCUUCUUGCCAAAAUGGUCGGCUCAGCAGCUGGUGCCGCAGGGCUGGCCGCCGGCAUGACCUUGGAGCAAGCAGCAGAGGCGGCCAAGCUGGCUGCCCAGACCGAAGGCUAUGAUGCGGGACUGACGCCGGAUGUUGCGGCCAGAGCAGGCCGCUUGGCCUACGACAAGGUGUUGGGCAGCGCAUCAUCCAUCAAAGUGAUUCCGAAGAGGUCUGCUGUAAGUGCUGCGAGGUUAGCCACGCUCUCCGAAUCCAUUGCCCGACGCGCCGAGAUUGUGGCUACCCAAAGGCAAGACCGCGACCCAGAAAGAAGGCUGCCUACCGAGGUUGACAGCAUCCCGGGCUGGCAGCUUGAAGUGAACGCGACUUCUCAGCCGGCAAGCCUUCCCUUGCCAGACACUGCAAGCUAUAUGCAGAAUAUGCAGCUGUCCGAAGCUUCGGACGCUUGCGGUCCCCGGGAGAUCUGGAAGAUCUUUGGAGAUCUGAGUGGCCCCCAUCAGGAGCCAAAGGAUGUGCGUUUGCCAGCCCAGGGCAUGACAUACCCAAAGGCUCGAAGCGAGGACGCGGUGAUAUACCUUCCUCGGCCGGCAGCCGAUCGGCUGCGGGAAUCCAACUCGAAGCAGGUAUCCGAGCUUUGGCAGCUUCGGAUGGCUUUGCACCGGAGCAUGUCCCGUGCCCACAAGCAUCAGUGCUUACAGGCCAGGCUGUCUGCUGCAAGGGCAGGGGCUUCCGCGUCUUUCACGGCCCUGGAGAACCGAACCUCGACCAUAGAGGCGGUGAGCGAAAGCAAUUCGAAGAAGCUGCAGCGCCUGAGGGGUGUGGCUCGAGACCUGGGGCUCAAGUGCAAGUUGGCAUCGGCAAGACUUCGUGUCCUAAGGGCCAUGGCAGAGCAAAUCUCCAAGGAGACCUUCGCCAAAGAGAGAAGCAGUCUGAUGGCUCUCAUCUUCGAGCUUCACAUGGAGCAGGAGCAGGCCACGCCGGAAGUUCUGCGCCACGUCCAGGAGCAAGUCCUGAAAGCGAUCGAUGCAGAGACCUGCCUCACUUGCCCAGCCUUCGAAGACCGCGAAGGCGACACCCCCACAGUCCCCACAGGCUUGGAUGGCCCUGGCCCGGCUCCGGCUCCCGCCGUGGUUGAAGUUGAAGGCAACUUCGUGAUUUACAUGUACUUGCCGCCACUUCUUCGCUCCUCCAUUCUGCCGGCGCCAUCAAAGCAAGCGCAGCGACAGCUGAAGAAGGCCCAGGCAUCUGGCCUGCUGGAAGGCAUCGUGCAAGAGACCCUGAGCAAGUUCGGCCUGAAUGCCCGAGUGCAUCGCAUGAGGCCACCCAUACUUCUCGAUGGUGGAGAGAUCCGAGCUCCUUCUGGUACUGCCACGAUACAAGACUUGGGCCUUGUGCUCGCCCCGAGCCCUCCCGGUAGAGCCUGGGUGGUGGAGGCAGUGGAGCAGAACAGUUGGGCAGAUGCCUUUGGAGUGCGUGUAGCGGACCGCAUCUUAUGGAUCAAUGGCUGGCCGACGACUGCCAUGAGCCCGGCGCAGGUUCUGCGGUGGAGCGAGCAUCCUCUUACUUUGUUCCUCGCUCGCAAGGGAGGCGAAGCCUCCAUGAGGAUGGAAGAGUCUUGCGCGCUUCGGAUCCAAUCGAGCUGGCGCGCGCGCAAGCGGUUCCAAGUGUCCUCAAGGCGGUCUCCAAGUCUGAUGGGCCUACCUUUGGCUGGCCACACAAGACUUUCGGCAUGUGCUGGGAGACUGGUGUCUGCGUUGGGCUUACACUUUCUGUCGGCCACCUUGCCUGGCCCGUUUCUUCAGAUCGAAAGACUGGACCCGGAAUCUUGGGCAGAGCGGGUGGGAGUGGAGGUUGGAGACAAGCUACGAUGCAUAGAUCGCGAGUGGACCGAGCAUCUUACAGACCAACGCUUCGCGCAGUUGCUGCUUGAGCGGCCUAUUCGGCUGAUCUUCGACUCUGUGGAGCGGGUGGGUGAGACCGGCGACACCACGCGAUUCAUUGCAGUGGCUGGUAUUAAGGACAGACAGCUGGGUUUCCGACUUGCUUCUCUGCCUCCGGCUCCGUAUCUGUUGGUCCAGAGGGUGGAGGAACAUUCAUGGGCUUUCCAUGCCGGAGUGCAAGAAGGUGACCACUUAAUGGCCGUGUACCGGAAGCGGACGGCCGAAAUUUCCGCUGAGGAGUUGCUGGGCAUCUUCAGAGGUCCUCGCCCGCUUCGCUUGACGUUCAGUCGCCUGAAGCGUUUCACUGUCACCAUCACUUCGGAAAAUCAGAUGGGCUUACAGACCAAUGGCGUCCCUCCAGCGGCGUUCUUGGAAAUACGGACAGUGGAUCGAGGAGAAUGGGGUGAACAGGUGGGAGUCUUCGUUGGAGACACCCUAGUAGCGGUGAACGGAGUGUGCUUGGACAGUAUGCCCAGGCGAGAGUUCAUCCGACAAAUGAAGGAAGAACGACCACUGUCCCUCACUAUCGAUCGGAAUCACGGAGAGAAUUCACUUGACCGCUUUGAGCGCUUCACAGUCACUGCGGGUGAGGGAGAUGCCCGCCUUGGCUUGCGACUGUCCGGUUUGCCACCCGCAGCCUGGUUACUUGUCGAGAAGGUUGCUGAUGCAGGCUGGGCACAAGCGAUGCAAAUCACGGUGGGGGACCGUCUUGUUGCAGUGGAGCACCUGUGCCUGGACUUGGUGCAGAAGGAAGACUUCCUGGAGAUGUUCCGAAACAUGCGACCGGUGCGGCUUACGUUUGCGCGGGCAAAGGAGCAUGAGCAAGAUGUUGUCGAGGAGGAAGAAGAGGUGGUCGAAGAGGAGGAGGUUGCAGUGGCUCAUGGCUUUGAGUCCCUCCUCGACGCUGAGGACGCCUUCAAUGAAUGGAUGCUCUCCGCAUGUGAAAAAUACGGCAAGGGCAUCCAUAAGAAAGUCCAUGGCAAAGCCAAGACACUUGGCAGAGCCUAUGCCUUAGUGUGGCAGGCCUACAGGAAGAAGCUGGAGAAGGAUGAGAGUCGCACGGACGACAUUGACAAGGACGACCAUGUGCUGAUGGUAUUCCAUGCCAAGCUCUACCGAGAUAUCGGCUCCUUCAUCACAGCUGACCACAUUCCUGGCGGGGCGGAGCAGUUCGGCUGGCCGCCACAAGCAACCAACAUCCACACCGGGACGAUGGCUGUCCAAGCUGCAGUGACCCAGGCUGCGAAGUCGAUGACGGACGAUCACCUGGAGCAGCUGUUCAGCGGACCACCACCAGUACUCAAUGCGAUGUUAGCUAAGCUGGCAGGGGAAACGGAUCUGAAGGUGCUGCACGGCCCUGGCAAUGCCGACUCCUUGCGUUGGCCACCCCACAAGGAGCGAAGGCAUCGCUCGCGGUCCUCUCGGCGCUCUGAUGACGAGCAAGCAUCUGAGGAUGAAGUUGCCUGCGCUGUGGUGCUGGCAGCUGUCUUCGUUCCCAUGCUGGCCGCGCCUAUCUUUGGAGGGCCGCAGGGCAAAGCCUCCUCGUGGCUUCCACCCCUUCCGCUUGAUAUGGCGGAGCCAGAGCUCCGCCCCAGCCUCGUUCUGCGGAUUCCGUAUCGGGACUGGGUCCUUUGGGAGUGUCCUCCCUUCGCGCUCGGUCUGCUGUGCGGCAUCCUUAUGAGCGUCGCUGGGGCAGCUCUGGCGACGUUCUUUUGCGGCGAGUUUUUCUCGGGCGGUGAAAGACCCGCUGCUCGGCUGUUUGCCAACGUAGCUGCGUCUGUCCUCGCAUACACUGCGCGUGCCAUAGAUGCCGCAGUGGACUGUGCUGAGGGCAAAUCCGCCAUCAGUGGCACGAGUGACUUCCUGCGGUCCAAGUUCGUCAGCAGCUUUUGCGGAGCACUGUCGGCUUUCUCGGGCACCAUAG